AUGGCUUCAGACCAGCCACUCAACACACGACAGCAACGUACCCUAUCCUGGGCGCUGACGCCGACGAACACCACGGCGCAGUUCCGGGGCCUCGCUGCCGUUUCGGACACGACUGCCUGGGUUUCGGGCACGCGAGGCACCGUCCUCCGCACCGUCGACGGCGGCGCCACCUGGACGUCCGUGGGACCAACGCUGGCGCCCGAAGACGCGGCGCUCCAGUUCCGCGACGUGCAGGCCUUUUCGGCCGCCAAGGCUGUCAUCCUAUCCAUCGGCGAGGGGACAGACUCGAGAAUCUACGUCACGGAAGACGGCGGCACGUCAUGGGAUCUCGUGUUCACGAACGAGGAGCCGACGGCGUUUUACAACUGCGUCGACUUUGAGAACCAGGAAAGAGGUCUCGCCGUUAGCGACCCCGUCGACGGCAAGUUCAGGCUCAUCGAGACGAAGGACGGCGGGCGCAGCUGGGGCAUCGUCGACCCCAGCGACAUGGCGCCGGCGCUGGCGGGGGAGUUUGGGUUCUCGGCCAGCGGGACGUGCAUUACGACGGCAGCGGGACGGUGGUACCUCGCCGCGGGCGGGGUGGAUCCGGGGCGCGUGUUUCGAAGCGAUGACGGCUACGAUUGGGACGCAUCCAAUGCAUCCAUCACGGGAGCCGAGGCGGGUGGUGUCUUCUCGGUGCGGUUCCGCGACACGAAGAACGGCGUCGCGGUCGGUGGGGAUUUCACUGUGCCACAGGGUGCCGAGAGGAAUGCGGCGUGGUCAGAGGAUGGAGGGCAGACGUGGACUGCGGCCGAGACGUUUCCUCGCGGCUACCGGUCAGCGACGGCAUGGGUGGGGGGGCUCUGUAAUGUUGCCGUGGCGGUCGGACCUACGGGCUCGGAUGUGACGGUGGAUGGCGGGAGGACGUGGACGGGGUUUGACGGGGGGGCGUUUGAUAGUGUGGAGUGCGUUGGCAAGAAUGUCUGCUGGGCUUCGGGACCUUCGGGGCGAGUGGCACGACUGGUGAUUGGAUGA